UGCAGUGUCUGCUACUUUUGAUCGAGUCGCUGUAGUGGCGCUAAUCUUGCAGUUGGUUUCGUCCUGAUUUCGUCUAUUUCAUCGUCGCAGUAGUGUGCACGCAAAUUGCACUGCCUUUCAGUGGCAUGAACGAUGACAAUUGUAGAAAACCUACAGUACGUUGUUUGAACAUGCCAUUGGCAUAGACGAUUUCUUUCUUCUAGAGCGUCUUCGGGAACGAGUUAGGUACCAUGGACAAAUCAGAAAAGGCUGUUCAUGAGGCGUUCGUAACGUCUAAAGGUGGCUGUAAUCCUGUGGAGCUCCUACUUAUUGGCGGUCUGUUGAUGUACAGCACCGUUCUUCACUCAACGCUUGCGCAGUUGCCUGCCAUCAGAACAUUGAGAAAAAACAUCUGGUUUUCUGCAAGUCUUGCUAUCUUUGUUCAGUGCGUACCAUUCAUUUUGUCUUUCACUCUUCUUGCGGACUACUGGGCUUGCUUAGUGUUCACAGUCAUCGCCCUAGCACUUGGAAUACGGCUCUCACAACGCCUGUUUGACCAGUGGAUCCCAAUUGCAAGGAAUCAGGGAAAGAAAUUGGCCAAAAAUAGAAGUAUUGCCAAAGUGGCACCUCAUGACUACCCUGGACUAACGUCGGGUCGUGCACAAGUCAUUCUAAUGACCAUCUUUGGCAUUUUGGCUGUGGAUUUUUCAACAGUGCCCCGGUACUUUGCCAAAACUGAGAAGACAGGUUUCAGUCCUAUGGACCUAGGUGUUGGUGCCUUUGUCAUAAUUGUGGCCAUCAGUUCUCGAGAGGCCAAGAACAGCCUUCCUGCAGAGCGCCUGCAACAUGUGUGGAAAGCAGUGCGUGGCAGUAUAGCCCUUGUCAUUUUGGGGAUGCUACGUCUGUUUAUGGUGACUGUCUUGAACUACCAAAACCCUGCUCAUGAGUAUGGUGUCCACUGGAACUUCUUUUUCACACUAGCGUGCACCAGGAUUUUGACAUCAAUGGUGUAUGCGACCGUGCCGAUUCACUUGGACUGGGUGGUUGCUGUCGUCCUGGCCUGCAUGUAUGAAGCCUGCCUCCUGUUCACUCCACUGGCAGUAUUCCUGGACAGUGAUGACCGGUCAGGUUUCCUGGCAGCAAACAAGGAAGGCCUUGCCUCCAUUGUUGGCUAUGUGGCACUGCACUUGGCUGCUGCGGCGUCAGCAAGAACAUUUGGCUAUAAGCCACGGAACAAUGCUCGUGACUGGAUUAUGACGGGACUGCAGGCUGCUGGAGUGACUGCUGUUGCUUUUGCAGCAACUUACAUCAUGCACACUGCAGUGGAUCCUGUUUCGAGGAGGCUUGCAAACCUGUCAUACUGCUUGUGGAUGUACUCGCUUGGAACAUUUGCAGUUGCCCUGAGUGUCGUGGUCACAUUCCUCCGUGUAGCUUUCCUGCCUCCUGAUGCACACAUAGACUACAAUCUUUUUGCCGUGACCAACACUGACAACACUCACACUGAUGUUGACAUACUGUGGAAAAGCAUCAACUACAAUGGAAUGGCUGUAUUUCUCCUUGCAAAUAUUCUGACUGGACUGGUGAAUGUUUUCUUUCAUCCAAGGACUGCCACGGAUGGCGUGUGUGUGGUUGCACUGGUCAGUUAUAUUUAUGCAGUGUGCAUGUUUGCUGUAAUCUUGCAUCACAAGAAGAUAAAGUUAAAGCUGCCAUUCACGUGAGUUUAGCUGUUUUAUUUCGGACUUGUAUAAAUAAAGUAGCCAAG